UCAGGUCGUCUUCUCCACAUCUUCUUCCACACCCUCCUCCGCCCAGCCCAGUCCACACCCACCACCACUACCACCACCACCACCACCACCACUACCACCACCACCACAACGCAAGCUUCCAGAAUCAAGAGGAUAAGAGUCACCAUGAUGUGCUAAAGAGAACUCACUCGUCUUGAUUACCCCGUGCAGCUUCGUCUCUGCAGCAUGGCCAGUAUGUGGGGGCUGCUCGUGAUGGCCCUGACCGCCGCCUUCGCAGCCACAGCGCAGGAGUUGUCGCCGGGCGAAGCAGAGGGCGGCGAGGGUCAGGCCUGGGAGGGGCACCGCCACGCCAGGUCCCUGGAGGUUGGAGGGGACGCGUCGUGGCUAUCUCCCGUCCAGGACACAGACGUGACUCAAGUAGAGCCCCGCGUGGAAGCAGGAUACGGCGGCACGACCUUUUGGGUGGCGAGGGGCAAGAAGGACGCAGAGACCUUCCCAUCUUACUACUGGGGCCCCAACCAAGGCCUGUGGGGUGAGACCUUCCAGCGAGGAGGCAUGCCCGCCACGGCCAGCUCCUCCCACGCCCCUCUGGCGGUGAAGUCCGGCUGGGAGUCUAAUCCAAGCCUGUGGGGCAAGCGGGACGGGCGCGGUCCAUUCUGGGCAACGCGCGGUAAAAGACCUGACCCAUUCUGGGCAAGCCGCGGUCGCCGCGACUCCUCCGAGAUGCCGUCAACCCUGUUGCAGCAGUGGGCGGCGGAAGAGCCCGCCAUGCUGGAGCAGAAGGAAGAGCGGCUGUGGGGGGGAGAGAUUAAGAGGGAGGAGGGCGGCCCCUUCUGGAUCAGCCGAGGCAAGAGGCCUCACUCAGGAUCGGCAGCAUCACAGCUGGCUUCUUUGUGGGCAAUUCGAGGCAGGAAGUCUGGCGCAGACAACACCUUCUGGGCAGCGCGUGGCAAGAAAGAAACAAACGUUCGGGGACCCUUCUGGGCGGCCCGCGGCAAGAGGAGUGGUGGCGAGGCCGGCACAGGACCCUACUGGAUCGCUAGGGGCAAAAAGCAGGACGCCACCACACCCACGGGGCCCUACUGGAUCGCCCGGGGAAAGAAGGAAGAUGACGGUGCAGUGUUUUGGGCGGUCCGCGGCAAGAAGGACCCGCCCGCGUGGACGACGGGACGCGGACGACGUGAGGACGGCACACACUCAUUCUGGAUCGCUCGGGGCAAGAAGAAUGAACACACCGCAUCCCACAACACUGAGAAGAACAACGAUAACGACGACGACGAGCAACAAGAAGAGGCGACGCAGAAAGCCGCCGACCAUUACCUGAAGGGCUUCACGGCGCUGUCUGACAAGUAGGCAACAGCGACACUCUACUAACCUGCUUACCGCAAUCUCUUCUGCUUCCGUAAACGCGCAGGAGGGAGAGAGGAAGGGAGGCACGGAGAGAAUAAGAAGGCGGGCAAGACUGACGCUGUGUAUGAGCAGUGUAGCAGCCCGUCAGUAGGAGGGAUAAGGGGACGAGGGAGGGGGGAAGGGAGGGGAGGAGGAGCCUCGGACACUACAGGCUGGGUGGUGGCACGAGGCUCGGGGCACUUAAUAAAAUAGUCAAACAGCA